UUCCCUGACUUGGGGCGGCCUCUUGUUUCUCUCGUUUUUUAUCAAGGUUAGGGGUCAGAGUUUUCCUGACCUGCCUGCAGUCCGGAAUAGGGCCCAGCGGAGUCACAAGAGCAAAUUAUAAAGCCUCGCGCGCCAGAGGUCGCUUAGUCCAGUCCCCGCCCGAUGCUCGCAGCCCCCGGAGAACAGCCCCACGAGAGCGCUUGAUUUUCUUCCUCGCCUUCACCACCUCCCGUGGCAGCUGCUGGGCGCCUCAGUUUGGUUGACAUUGAACCCAGGGAUGUAUAUUCUCUGUAGCUGUACUCUGUUGGCCUGAGAAGACUGCUCCCUGGGGGUCGUUGGACAGAACAGAGGUCGCCCUUCCCGGUAAAGACAGCCACCUGUGUGCUAAUCAGUCCAGUUCCUCCACUGAUAUGUGCAGAGCCUGGUGUCAGGCCUGCUCGUCCUUUCCGGGCCACUUUGCUCUCAUCCUCCUUAAAGUGGGGAGCCCAGAACAGAGCCCAGCGCCCCAGGUGUGCUGUGGUCCACCGCACCCCCAUCCCCAGGGAAGCGCGGUCCGCAGUUUUCUCUGGCUGUUCCUCGGAGCCCUGUCAGCCCCUGCUCCAGCCCUCUCGCCUGUGGCAGCUUCUCUGACAGCUCAAUUGCCUCCUUUCCUUCAGUCUGGUCCAGGAAGUGGCCAGACAGGAUCGCCCUCUGCUUACUCCAUGGUCUUGGGCAGUUGGCAUUGGCUGUAACCCUUGCCACAGAGUUACAGAAGUUCCUCCUUUUCCUCCUACCCGGGCUCUGCUUCGUGAGACCCUGGGCCUUCUUUGCCUACUCCCUGCAUUUGGCUUUUGGAUGUACCCUGAUUUCAUUUCUUUGGAGUGCAUCCCUGUCCGGGGUGACCCUGUGCUUCAUUUGCUUGAGACAGUCUGGCUUAUACCCAUUGUCCCAGCUUCAUUGUUAUUAGUAUCCACGUCCACUUUUAAAAGAUUCAUGAUUGGGAAAGUUAAACUUGUCUCUGUCUCUAAGUUGGAGGCACUCGUGUUCACAGGCUCCAGAGCGGCAUGUGGCAGCCCGUGGAGGACUUGCACUGGGCUCAGAGGUGUCAGAUCUCCAGUCUAGGAAACCAAAAUUCCUCCAAGUCAGUUGAAGCUCAUUCCCUUUCUCAUAGGUGGAAGGCUUCAGGUGACUUUAUCGCCAGAGGGCAGGGGUUCCCCUCUGGCCCUGGCAGAGAAAUGAAGCUAAGCCGGUGAAGCUAUAUCUCAACUGAAGCUGGCAUAAGACUUCACAGAACUCCAGUCUCCCAGUCUGGGCACUUACCCCAGUCUCCAGUGUCAUGUGGUACGUCAGCACUCGGGGGAUGGCCCCACGGGUCGACUUUGAGGGGGCCCUCUUCUCUGGCUAUGCUCCAGAUGGGGGCCUCUACAUGCCCGAGGAGCUCCCACAGCUGGACAGAGAGACCCUGCGUCAGUGGAGUACGCUCUCCUACCCCGACCUGGUGAAGGAGCUGUGUGCCCUCUUCAUUGGCCCUCAGCUCAUUUCAAGGGAUGACUUAACCGGUCUGGUCGACCGAGCCUUCAGCCGAUUCCGACACAAAGAGGUGGUCCAUCUGUCCAGGCUGAGGAACGGGCUGAACGUGCUGGAGCUGUGGCACGGGGUCACGUACGCGUUUAAGGACCUGUCCCUGGGCUGCACCGCACAGUUCCUGCAGCGCUUCCUGGAGAAGAGGAAGCAGCGCGUCACUGUGGUUGUAGGAACUUCUGGGGACACAGGGAGUGCUGCCAUCGAGAGUGUUCAUGGGGCAAAGAAUGUGGACAUCAUCGUCCUCCUGCCCAAGGGUCACUGCACAAGGAUUCAGGAGCUCCAGAUGACAACGGUGCUGAGGGAGAACGUGCACGUGUUUGGAGUGGAGGGGAACAGUGAUGAGCUGGACGAGCCGAUCAAGGCCGUGUUUGCAGACGUGGCCUUUGUCAAGAUGCACAAUCUGAUGAGUCUGAAUUCAAUCAACUGGUCCCGGGUCCUGGUGCAAAUGGCCCACCACUUCUUCGCCUAUUUCCGGUGUGCACCAUCCUUAGACACGGACCCCCUGCCCGCCGUGGAGGUGGUUGUGCCAACAGGGGCUGCUGGUAACCUGGCAGCCGGGUGCAUUGCUCAGAAGAUGGGUCUGCCCAUCCACCUGGCCGUGGUGGUGAACUGCAAUGACAUCAUCCACAGGACUGUCCAGCGGGGAGACUUCUCUCUGUCCGGGGCAGUCAAACCAACCUUGGCAUCAGCGAUGGACAUUCAGGUGCCCUACAACAUGGAGAGGAUCUUCUGGCUGCUCUCCGGCUCUGACAGCCAGGGGACAAGAGCCCUCAUGGAGCAGUUUGAAAGGACCCAAAGUGUGAGUCUACCUGAGGAGCUGCACAGCAAGCUUUCAGAGGCAGUAGCGUCUGAGUCGGUGUCGGAUGAGACCAUCACCCAGACCAUGAGCCGCUGCUGGGAAGAGAACCGGUACUUGCUGUGCCCUCACUCAGCCGUGGCCGUGAGCUACCAUUACCAACAGACAGACAGGCAGCAGCCCAGCCCUCCCCGAUGCUGUCUGGCUCCCGCCUCUGCCGCCAAGUUCCCGGAGGCUGUGCUGGCUGCCGGGCUGACCCCAGAGACCCCCCCGGAGAUCCUGGCCCUGGAGCGCAAGGAGGCGCGCUGCGUCGCCAUGCGGAAGGGUGACGACUGGACGCUGAUGCUUCGGGACACGAUUGAGAGCCUGAGCCGGCAGCGGGUGAUCAGUUCCUGAACGCCCCGGACUAGCCAGGCCGGGGCUGGCUUCCUUUAGGCUGCGGACCCGGACGCCGUGCCCUCCGAGCUCUGUGCACCUCAUCCUCGUUGAGAGUCGGUGCAGGAGGUUCUCAAGGGGCUGCUGAGCGCGGUCUGGACCCAGCCGGCUGUGCUCUGUUUGCGGCUGCUCUGGGUAGUGCCCGGUCACUGGAGACGGCGGGGGUCGUGGGUGAUUGCUGGCGGUGCGCAGACGAAACAGGCUCCACCUCGGCUCCAGGACUUUGGACCCCAGGCCCUAUACUGUGCAGGUGGGGGCCACUCACUCCAUUAUCACACAUUUGGGGCUCAUGGUCUCUGAGCCUUAGUUGAUCUGGUCCCCAAGCCACAUCCAGAGGUCUUGGCCUGCCUUGUCAGAGGUUUCCAUCCUGUUAAAAUAUUAGGAGUCCCUGGAAUAAAAGUGCAUGUUCUGUGUGACAGUGA